AUGGGGCAUGGAUCACCGGUGCCAAGGUCACGCUCGAUCGGAAUGUUUUGGACGACGGUCCGUAACACCUCAGUGCCAUCGUCACCAUCGACGUCGUCGUCGUCGUUUUUAUCGGCCGCUGCCAGUGUUGUGUACCGUCCGACGCUUGUCGUCGACCGCCCACCUCCGGCCGGAAGUAAGGUGGCCGGCGGAAUCGUGGCGCAGAACGAACAGUUCCCGUACCUGGUGGCGAUACUGCUCAGCUUCGGCGAUGGCUCGGAAACGCUGUGCGGUGGCUCGAUCCUGUCCGAUCGGUUCGUGCUGACGGCGGCCCACUGCCUGUACGGGAUGCACCGGGCAACGGUGAUCCCAGGCCAGACCACGAUCCAGCUGCCGGUCGACGAUGGCGUGGCGAUGACCAUCGAACCGUCCGCCGCCGUCCUCCAUCCGGGCUACGAUCCGGUUGCAAUUCUGAACGACAUCGCCCUCCUCCGGCUGCCGAGGUCGCUCGUGUUCUCGUCCCGCAUUCAACCGAUCCGGCUCGCACCGUGGAGCAACGCGUUCACCGACCUGACCGGCUACGACUCGAUCGUGUCCGGUUGGGGCGCCCAGUCGAACGACGACUUUGCCGAGCCGGCCGACGAAGCCCGGCUGGAGCUGCGCUACACCACCAGCACCGUCGUCACGAACGAGGUGUGCCGGCGUGUGUAUGGGUCGCUCAUCCGCGACCAGCAGAUCUGUGUGGCGGGCGAAGGGGGCCGCAAUCCGUGCCAGGGCGACUCCGGAGGUCCGCUGACGGUGGAAUUCGGUCAGCGGCGCACGCAGGUUGGCAUCGUCUCGUACGGAUCGACGCGCGGCUGCCAGAACGGAGUGCCCGGUGUGUACACCCGCGUGACGUCGUACGUCGAGUGGAUCGUCUACCACACGGGAAUAGUGGUAUAG